AAGCAGUCCCGUUCAAAUACAAGCUCCGCCAGCAGCUACACACUACUGCUUUCACUACAGCUGCCACAAUACGACUGAGGCUCAGGGCUUAAAAACUAGCACUUUAGAACAUUUCCUACAUCAUGGAUGAGCCUCAAUGAACACAAAUGCAGUGUUAAUGCCACACGGUGGAUUCUUGCAAACCGACUGCCAUUUUGAGUGUAAGAAAAGUGUAAGAAAAAGUGCACAAAAAGGUGGAAAAUGUUGUGGGUUAACGCUUCCGGCAAGCCAGCGCAUCUGCACUGACAUGACUACGAUGGAACUCAGGAAAACCAAGCCCUGGGGAAAAAAAAUCAUAGAGAGCGGUACAUCUGGUUUGCAUUACUGGACUUGAAAAGAGAGAGCGGGGCUGAGAGCGUGCGCAGGUUAGCAGAAUGUUCAAGAAUUGCAGAAGGGUGAGGAAAUGGCAUUUUAUGCAGCUCGUCUCCAUGUGCUGUGUGAUGUCAGUCCUUAUGGUUUGCUGGGACCACGUGGACCACAGCGUCGUGAGCCACGUGAAGUCAUACUCCUACCGCUACCUAAUCAACAGCUACGAUUUCAUCAACAAGAGCCUCAGCGUCAGCCCAAAAGAAGCCGCCAGGUUCGGCAGCUUCCCUUAUUUGCUUAACAACGAAGAUGUUUGUAAAGGGAAAGACGUGCUGCUUCUCCUCUUCGUGAAGUCCUCCCCAGGGAACUUCAGACGGCGACAGGCCAUUCGCUCCACAUGGGGCAACGAGUCCUACAUAAGUCACGAGCUGGGCGUUAUCGUCAAAGUAGUGUUUGCUAUGGGAGUUUACUCUGAUAGCUCACCGCAGGACAAACUGCACAAGGAAUUGCACAAGGAGCACAUGAACCACGGUGACCUGGUUCAGCAGGAUUUCCUUGACACUUUCCACAACCUCACUGUCAAACUGCUGCUUCAGUUCCGGUGGAUGCACGAAAACUGCGCCCAUGCCCAUUUCCUCAUGACGGCGGACGACGACGUCUUCAUCCACCUGCCCAACCUGGUGCGCUACCUUCAGGACCUCAGAAGCCAGAAGGUGCGCAACCUUUGGGUCGGCCACGUUCACAGGGGGGCGCCUCCCAUUCGACGCAGGGACAGUAAAUAUUACAUGCCCUUCGACAUGUACCAGUGGUCGUCCUACCCAGAUUACACCGCCGGGGCCGGGUACGUGGUCUCUGGCGACGUGGCAGCCAAAAUCUAUCAGGCCACGCUGUCUCUGAACGCCUCUAUGUAUAUCGAUGACGUCUUCAUGGGUAUCUGUGCCAUUGCAGCAGGCAUCUCGCCUCAGGAACACGUUUAUUUCUCGGGGGAGGGGAAAACGCUCUACCACCCCUGCAUCUACGAAAAAAUGAUCACCUCUCAUGGACACGAGGGCGAUAUUAGGUAUCUGUGGAAGGUUGCGACCGCCCCGCACGUAAAAAGUAUUUCGUCUGGACUGUUUGGGAAGCUCUAUUGUACGGCUGUGAAAAUGUCCCUGCUUUGUAAGCCGUACUUUACGAACACGUAUUCAUGCAUGGCAGCUUUUACAUGACGCACCAAGAAGUCCGAGUAGUAUUUCCUUUUUUUUCCUCUCUCUCUCUCUCUCUCUCUCUCUCUCUCUCUCUUUUAACUUUGCUUUAAAUGUUAAACAUUUUGUCAGUUCCCAAUAAAGUUAAAAGCUGUUAAAAGCUCUAAGCAUUUGUUUUGCACUUUUUCCAUUUCAUUUGAAUAAUUUUUUUUUUUUUUAUGACAGGAGAGCAGGAAACACGACGCGCAUCAAACAUGACACAAGUCUCACAAAACCUGUCAAGGUCCUAUUUACCUUCUAAAAAAUUAUAUAAUAAAAAUGGAUAAAGUGAUUCUGAAAAUAUUAAGACUUUUCCAACAAUUUCUCAUCUCUGUAUUGCAAUCCAAAUAAUGUUAUAUUAUUUUAAAAAAUAGAUUUUUUGUAGAAAAAAAAUCAUAGUAAUUUAAAUAUAUAGAAUAAGGAGAAAAUUUAUAAUACCGUUAAUAGUAUAACUAAAAGUAAAACCAUUUAAUUUAUUUAGUAAUUUAAAUUGUUUUUAUCAUCAUGAACAUACCGCCAUACCGUUUGUGUUAGCAAAUGCGUUUUUACAGAUAUCAUACUUAGUUUUAGUUUGUAUGUAUGUGUUACGACUGUAUUUAGCUACUAGAAGGUGUAAACGGUCUCCGAGGCAUGCUGUGUGUCUUAACUUUCUUUCAUGUUGCAAAUGUCAUAUGCUUCUGCUUUAAGCUUUUAAACAUUUUAAUGAACUGAUGGUGCUACUUGUGCAGGAAGAUUUUAACAGUUUACAUUUUGCUACAAUAAAUCAAUGCCUAUGUUGCAUUGUGGCGUCAGCCACAUAGAGAGUACAUGAUUCUUCAUAUAAUGUGAAAUUAGAACAAGAAGAAUGAAUCAACAGUGUGCAAAAACACAGCCAAAAAUGUACAUUGCCAUAAGUGUUUCUAUUUACCACUGAAUUAAAGGUGUUCAAUUCAUAA